UUGGUCGGAAAGUAGGUUAGUGGUGCGACAUUUAGGGAAGGCAGAAAGUAGGUCAGGGACGGAGGUGCCUGUUUACCCGCGCCGGACUCACCGCCGCCGCCGCCGCGGGAUCCGAGUGCGGGCGCGGGCGCGGGCGCUCCCGGCGAGCCACGGUGGUGCUGGCUAGUGUGUAUGCUUUCAGACCCAACUUUGACUACUCAAAUGUGGAAUCCUAAGCCUUCGUUGAUCUGGAAAAUGAAGAUAAUAUAGAGAGGGUUCAUAGAGCCGCUGUGAAAAUUAAAUGAAAUAACAUAUGCUAUUUUGUUUUUGGAAGAAGUUGACUGUCUGAGAGGAAAUUACAAAAACAUGAAAAUCGCUUUGAGGUGACUGACAAGUUCAACAGCCCUUGCUCCUCCCAGGCUGGCUCUGAGGGUUAAGAGCUAUAACUGCAGAUGAGGGAACUUGGGCCUGGAGGGAGGGAGUGACAGCUCCAGUCAGAUCCCCUGGAGCUGAGAGCCCUGACUGCGUUGGGGGCACAGCCUCUUCACCUGGGUCUGGAGUUGGAGUCCCUUAGAAGAGCUUCCAAUGGCGGACCAGAGAAUGGACAUUUCCUCCACAAUCAGUGACUUCAUGUCCCCGGGCCCCACUGACCUGCUCUCCAGCUCCCUUGGUACCAGUGGUGUGGAUUGCAACCGCAAGCGGAAAGGCAGCUCCACUGAUUACCAACUUGAUGACUUUUCUUUUGAAGAAAGCAUGGACACAGACAAAGAUGACCCUCAUGGAAGGUUAGAAUAUACAGAACAUCAGGGAAGGAUCAAGAAUGCAAGGGAAGCUCACAGUCAGAUUGAAAAGAGGCGUCGAGAUAAAAUGAACAGUUUUAUUGAUGAAUUGGCUUCUUUGGUACCAACAUGCAACGCAAUGUCCAGGAAAUUAGAUAAACUGACCGUGCUAAGGAUGGCUGUUCAGCACAUGAAAACAUUAAGAGGUGCCACCAAUCCAUACACAGAAGCAAACUAUAAACCAACUUUUCUGUCAGAUGAUGAAUUGAAACACCUCAUUCUCAGGGCAGCAGAUGGAUUUUUGUUUGUCGUAGGAUGUGACCGAGGGAAGAUACUCUUUGUCUCAGAGUCUGUCUUCAAGAUCCUCAACUACAGCCAGAACGAUCUGAUUGGUCAGAGUCUGUUUGACUACCUGCACCCUAAAGAUAUCGCCAAAGUCAAGGAGCAGCUCUCCUCCUCUGACACUGCACCCCGGGAGCGGCUCAUAGAUGCAAAAACUGGACUUCCAGUUAAAACAGAUAUAACCCCUGGGCCGUCUCGAUUAUGUUCUGGAGCACGACGUUCUUUCUUCUGUAGGAUGAAGUGUAACAGGCCUUCAGUGAAGGUCGAAGACAAGGACUUCCCCUCCACCUGUUCAAAGAAAAAAGCAGAUCGAAAAAGCUUCUGCACAAUCCACAGCACAGGCUAUUUGAAAAGCUGGCCACCCACAAAGAUGGGGUUGGAUGAAGACAAUGAACCAGACAACGAGGGGUGUAACCUCAGCUGCCUUGUUGCAAUUGGACGACUGCAUUCUCAUGUGGUUCCCCAACCAGUGAACGGGGAAAUCAGGGUGAAAUCCAUGGAGUAUGUUUCUCGGCACGCAAUAGAUGGGAAGUUUGUCUUCGUAGACCAGAGGGCAACAGCUAUUCUGGCAUAUUUACCACAAGAACUCCUAGGCACAUCAUGUUAUGAAUAUUUUCAUCAAGAUGACAUAGGACAUCUUGCAGAAUGUCAUAGGCAAGUUUUACAGACAAGAGACAAGAUUACGACUAAUUGCUAUAAGUUUAAAAUCAAAGAUGGUUCUUUCAUCACACUACGAAGUCGAUGGUUCAGUUUCAUGAACCCUUGGACCAAGGAAGUAGAAUACAUCGUCUCAACCAACACUGUUGUCUUAGCCAACGUCCUGGAAGGCGGGGACCCAACUUUCCCGCAGCUCACAGCGUCCCCCCACAGCAUGGACAGCAUGCUGCCCUCUGGAGAAGGUGGCCCAAAGAGGACUCAUCCCACUGUUCCAGGGAUUCCAGGGGGAACCAGGGCUGGGGCAGGAAAAAUAGGUCGAAUGAUUGCUGAGGAAAUCAUGGAAAUCCACAGGAUAAGAGGGUCAUCACCUUCCAGCUGUGGCUCCAGCCCAUUGAACAUUACAAGUACGCCUCCCCCUGAUGCCUCCUCUCCAGGAGGCAAGAAGAUUUUAAACGGAGGGACUCCAGACAUUCCUUCCAGUGGCCUACUGCCAGGACAGGCUCAGGAGAACCCAGGUUAUCCAUAUUCUGAUAGUUCUUCUAUUCUUGGUGAGAACCCCCACAUAGGUAUAGACAUGAUAGACAACGACCAAGGAUCAAGUAGUCCCAGUAAUGAUGAAGCAGCAAUGGCUGUCAUCAUGAGCCUCUUGGAAGCAGAUGCUGGGCUGGGUGGCCCUGUUGACUUUAGCGACUUGCCAUGGCCGCUGUAAACACUACAUGUUGCUUUGGCAACAGCUACAGUAUCAAAGUGCAUUACUGGUGGAGUUUUACAGUCUGUGAAGCUUACUGGAUAGGGAGAGAACAGCUUUUAUGUACUGAUCUCAUAAAAGCCAUCUCAGAGCCAUUGAUACAAGUCAAUCUUACUAUGUGUAACUUCAGACAAAGUGGAACUAAGCCUGCUCCAGUGUUUCCUCAUCAUUGAUUAUUGGGCUAGCUGUGGAUAGCUUGCAUUAAUUGUAUAUUUUGGAUUCUGUUUGUGUUGAAUUUUUUAAUCAUUGUGCACAGAAGCAUCAUUGGUAGCUUUUAUAUGCAAAUGGUCAUUUCAGAUGUAUGGUGUUUUUACACUACAAAGAAGUCCCCCAUGUGGAUAUUUCUUAUACUAAUUGUAUCAUAAAGCUGUUUAUUCUUCCUUGUAAGAAUCCUUUACUAUAAAUAUGGGUUAAAGUAUAAUGUAUUAGACAGUUAAAUAUUUUUAAUAAAUGUUUCCCUUGUUCUAUAAAUACUGUUCCCACUUCAAAUAUUAGGGGGAAAAAUCCUACAUGCUGCAGGGCUAUAUCAUUAAUUCCAACAUUGGAUAUUUAGAAACUAUUAUCCGUGCCAGUAACAUCUGCAAAUGCCUUUCUGAUCUUCAUAACAAUUCUGGGACUUACAUAAUUUCCCCAUGCUACUAGCUUAGAUUUAUUAUGAAAAUUAUUUCCAAAUUGUUGCCAUUUAAAUUUAGUGAGAACAAAGGUGUUACUGCUUACACACAAAUAUCAAGUCCUCUGAAUUUAUGAAUUCAAGAUCACAUGUAACAAACUGGCUUCUCCACUGCUACCUCUACUUGCAGCAGUAUGGCUUCAAACAUUUAAGUGAUUCCAGACCCAAACCACCUAAAUAGUUCUGAUUCCUUUUUGGAUUAGACCACCAAAUAUUUAAAAUAGCAUUUGCAUGAAUAAUUUACUAAGUACAGCAGCACAACAUAAAGAAAAAAGCAUUGAACUAGUAUCAGAAACUGGCUCUGAAACCCAGUUACCACAUGCCUUACUAAGUCAUCUACCUUUCAUAUCAGGUUGGAUGAGAAAAUACUCUUUUUCAGCUCUAAUACUGCUUUGGAUUUAUAUUUUCUAUUUUAUAUUUAGUAGGGAAUUUAGGUACCUCAUCACACAUACCAAACUGAAUUCCUUGAGCUACUAUUUGAUUUCUAGUUGUACUUACAAUGAUAAGACAAACAAAUGUAUGAAUUAUGAGACUAAAAAUCUGGUCAAGGUGGUUAUAAAGUUGGUCAGAAACAUUAAAACAAUGGAAUUUUAUUUUGAUGAAAAACUUUUGAGUUUACAAUCAUUUAGUAAAUGAAGAGCAAACACUUCAUUUUCCUAUCCCAUAACUCUUAAGAAAAGAAAGCAUUAGUAAAUAAAUAUCUGUGAACAAUUAAGGGUAAGGCAGACCGGAUAAUAAACCACCUCUGAUGUUCACACUCCCUGCAUGUGACUCACUCUAAAAGGGUG